AUGCUACCUCCGCUUCUUUUAGAUGUGCGCUCACAUCAUACAAUCCUUGAUUUAUGUGCUGCACCUGGGUCCAAAUCUGCACAACUCGUUGAAUUGCUACAUUCUGAUGCAGAAGCAGUUCAAUCGAGAAUUGGUGUUGAAAAUGCCUCAAAGUAUGUUGAACCUACAGGAAUGAUUAUUGCGAAUGAUUUUAAUCAGAAAAGAUGUUAUAUGAUGGUUCAUCAAGUGAAACGUUUACAAAGCCCUUGUGUUGUGAUAACUCAAGAGGACGCUACAUGCUUCCCACGUCUGUAUAUAACUCUAUCACCAGAUGAAAAGGUUUGUUCAUUAUAA